GGCUCGCUCCCUAAGGUUUCACUUCACUUCAGGAUGUGUGGCCCUGUGGCACUCUGAGCCGGGAUUAACAAGCAGAGAGCAGUUUGUCCCGACAGCCGCUCGCCAAAGAAGUUUAAAAAUGCUGAUGGAAGUUGGCUACAGUAACGGGAUAGAGCCUGACCUUUCCCAGCAGUAUCCUCCGCCCUUACUGCCAAAACCAGGCAAAGACAAUGCAAGGCUUCAGAAACUCAAGAAGAAGCGAGCCAAGAAAAAAUGCAGCAUCUCUCAGACGCCCGUCCCCUUUCGCUCCUGUUUGUCGCCUGUCAACGAAGCAAGUACAGACCUCGAGCACAGUGACCAGUCCAGCCCACCAAGAACACCAGAUUCAGUCUACAUUGCAGACCCUUCAGUGUCCAGUUUCCCUUUUGACUCCUUCUACGAUCACUCUGCAUCUGCAUUCCCUCAUCCUCAGAUUUGCCCCUACGACAAAACUGGCAGCUUGCCCCCUCAGUCCUACAUAGCUCAGAUCAAGACUACUGAAGAGCAGGUGGCUCCGCUGUAUGAGUGCUCUUCUUUUUUAUUCGAUGACGUGACUCCUUUCAUGAUGCCACAUUCGGUUUCACCACCCCCAUCACCACCUGAGCAGGUUCCAGGAAGCCCUCUUCCCUCUGCUUUCAAUAUAAACAUGACACCAAAUUUCCAUGGGUCAGUCACAACAGUCCCUCCAGUCGCUGUGUUGCAAUCCAGCACUAAAAUAUCAACUCACAGUCUGACCCUAUCCCCAGCCGCCCCCAACUCUGACCCAGGUCCGGCACCUUCUCUGGUUGCAGACCUACCUUGUUUUCCAGCACUGCUAUCAGCAUCAAACACUCAGACAGAACAAUUUAUUCCCAGCCAGAGGGAGACAAACUGCAGUUCAAAAGACAACCCUCAGAGCCAGACAGCCUCUUGGACUGCCAGACCUACGAGUAAUGGCAACUUUGUUCCAAGCCAGAUGUCUCCUGAAAUAACCGCCUCAAAAAUAUCACUUGUUGAGGCAGUGAAAGAGACAAGGCCUGAUGCCACACAAAGCAGGAUUUAUACAUCAAAGGCAACAUUUUAUGAGAUCUCUAAACCUCCCUCCAUCAAGGACCUCACAGUCAUAAACCAAGCCUACCAGGGAGAAUCGUUAUCUGACAUACACAGAAAAAAACCAGCUGUAUCAGUGGUGAAAACAGAUCAAAAACUGAAUGUCUCCAUGUCCCACUGUGGACGACCUAAGACUCCCUCUUGUACACCAGCUCGAGUAUCCACACCCUUCAUUGAAAUAUCCAAACCUAACCCCCUUUUAUUUGCUGCUUUCAACUCCUCCCAUGGUCUACAUGCACCUGCAGUUCCCAAUGAACCUCCAAAACAGAAAUCACUAAUUCAAACCAGUGGUACAAGUAAACCUCCAGCUGCAACAAAAGAACUAAAUCAGAGGGAGAAUUUCAAAGAGAUAGAGAUUCAAAAUACACAGAGGAGUACAAUAAAUCUAAGCUUUGACAAUACUGAGCCAUACCCAAGAGAGAACUUAGCAUCAAGUAUGACUACACUUGUCUCUGCUGUGGUAAAACCAACACUAAUAGAACCAGUCUCCCCAAAACUACAAACAAUUCAAGGUUCUGAAAGUGAAGCUUCAUCUUUGCCAAAGGUCCCAUCAUUUUUAUCCAAUGUACCAAAGAUUACAAAUUUCAAUCCAAUGCCAGUGAUGCAAGCACCACAAAGUCCAAGCCCCCUAUCACCCCUUUAUUGGCCUCCUGUGGUCGAUGCACGCAAGUCUUUGUCGUCACUAUUGGAGAGUCAAAUGUCAUUAGCAACCUCAAAGCCCAAAUCAAGAUCAACAUAUUACGGGCUUACUCCAUCUGAGUAUGCUGCCUAUGGUGGGAUAAGGACUAUCGCAUCACAUUACAGCCCUGCACUCCUCAGGGGUAAUGAAACCACUUUAAAUAAAACACAGUCUGAUGUAGCUGUAGAUGGAGCAGACCUCUCAAAGCCUGAUGCAACAAAACAACUCAAUGGACAUCAAGAUAUUCCGUCUUCAAUGGAGGUUUCUGCUGAAAACAUUUUACAACCUACGAGGGAUUCUGAGAUUCCAGCUGAACGGACCGUGACACAUAGCAAAGAUGUGUUGGAGAAUCAUUCAGAAGCUCAAAGUAUUGGAAUACAAACACUUAAAACAUCUAAGGUGGACACAAUAAAACCUGAGUUUCUUCUUGGCUUGGCACAGCAAACAAUGCAACAAUCCACAAGUGACGUAUCCACACCAAAAGCCUCAUUCUCUGAGGCUCCAAUACCAAUGCCUAAAGCAGGCCUCAGUCUCAGUCAAAGCUCCAUCUCCAAACAGAGGAACGUCACCGCCAUCUCAGCAAAAAACUGGACUCAAAGACAAGGACGUUCUGAGGACCAAAGCUACAGCUGCACCAACAGAAGCUCUUGCGAUGAAACCCUCCAUGAAGUCAGCGACAUCAACUGCAUCUUCAACUGCUGACAAGAAGGCCGUGACAGCAGAGACAUCCCCUUCAUCUUCUGAGCCCAAAGCAACCCACAAGCUAAAAGGCCUCAAGGGUAAACUCAGCGGAUGGACACGCCUCAAGAAACAUAUGGUCGUUGAGCCAGAGGAACCUACGUUUCCAGUGCUUGAGGCCAAAUCGCAGGUCGAUUCCAGUGGCAGCAAUGAGAAAAUAGAUCAAGGUGGUGAUAAGUCGUCAGCAGACCAAUGUGCUAAUAAGGAAGUGGUAGACAACAAAGAAGGUCCCAUGGCAUUGAAGAUGUGGGACGCCCUUCUCUUUCACAUGUUCUCUACGAAAGACCGAAUUAUUCAGCAGAUCAACUCCACCAAGAAAGAUUCAGAUAAGAAAAAGGAACCUAACGACAAUCAAGCAGAAGUUCCUUCUUUUGUCAAUCGCCUGCCGCUUUUGUUGUACAGCCCCCGUUUUGAUGCCAGAAAGCUUAAAGAGGCGGCAGAGAAGCCACUCUCGAAAAUAGCAGCAGUGUUUGAAAAGGGGCUCAUAAAACGCAAAUCUCAGGAAGACGAACGUAAGGACUUCAACAGGAAAGCCAGAGGAUUUGGUUCGACAAAUGCUACAGAUAUGUAACUUGAACUGAUGCAAGAAUAUAUUUGGGAUUGUUAAAUGAUAAGUAAUGUGUUUAGGGAGCCUCAAUUUGGAAUUGGAAGAAAAUAGACAUAAAAUAAUUUGUGGAUUUGAUUAUUUAAUUGAUUAAUUAAUUAAAUUAAUCUUCUAAAUCAGGGUUGAGGUGAGGAGUUUUAUUCUUGAGGGGAAAGAAAGUGUCAUUGAUUACUACUCAAUCACGAUCUACUUGAUCCAAUACUGGAGCUACAGUAUAAUUUAAACUUGGAAAGUAAAGACCCUAGAAUCCAUCCCUAUGUCAAAUAAAUACUUAGAAUUCAGUUGUGGUAAUUUAGGACUUAUAAAUCAGUGUAUAAAUGUAUUUAGGGAAAAAAUAAAAACACAGUGGUAAUACAGGUGUGGCAUCUUUGCACUUUUAAUUAAAUCAAACAUGUAGGUGACAAAAACAGGGGGUAAUAUGAAGAAAGCAAGGAACAACUCAUUAACUCAACUCUUGGUUAGAUUGUUCUUUUUUCAUUUGAUGAUGGCCUAAAUAUAUUGAAUGCAUGUACUGUAGAUAAUUUGAUAGAUAAAAGAUUGUUUCAUUUGUCAUGCUCUACCUUUUUCUAUUUUUCUAAAGAAAGUAAGGCUUUUAGUGUACACCGCUGGUAGGCAGUUUUAUAUCUCUGUAAUAAAUUGGGCUUUUACAUUCCUGGAAGAACAGGGCAGAUGGAUUUGAAAGAAGGAAAACAGAGAUGAAGCGUGAAGGUGGAGUCAGAACAGAAAUAGGUUUCUGCAAGUCAGGUAUGGAUGGAAAUGAAGCGGAUGUUGGGGCUUUUGAUCAGAGCAAAAAUCUACUAGCACACAGGCUGGUACAUCUUGAGGCUGGGCAAUAUUGAAAGAAUAUGAUGGAUUAUGAUCAGUAUUUAUGAUUGUUUAGAAGCCUAGAUACUUAAUAGCUGUCAAGGUGAUGUUUUAGCAUUUUUGUUUCUAGCGACUCAAGAAAUUGCAAUGUUGUUUUUUUCCACCACUUUUGUCUGACUGAAAUAUCUCAACAACUAUUAAAUGGAUUGGCAAUACAUCAUAUUGGUUUGUUGUAGUUGUUUAGACGGGCUAGCUAGUCGGCUUCAAGGUAAUCCGAUUUUCACGGAUGACUUCUCAGCGUAAGAGAGAUGUAUCAUCAGGUUAAAGUUUUACUUUGUCCAACACUUUGGUUUAUGACUAAAUACCUGCAAAACGAGUGACAUUCCCAGCAGCCUCUGCUGUAAGCUUCUUUUUGUCUGGUGCUAAUAGCAUGCUAACAUAGUAACCUGAGAUGGUGACCAUAGUAAAAGUUAGAACUGCUAAACAUCAGCAUGUUAGAUUUGUCACAGUGCAAAUGUUAGCGUGUAGAUGUUAGUAUUUAGCUCAAAGCACUGCUGUGUCUAAGUGAAACCUCACAGAGCUGCUAUUAUAUCUGUUUCCAUUAGUCUUAAUGGGAAGUCAGAGUGCAUUCUCAAAUGUUUCAAAAAAUCGGUUUGGGAGAAAAAUUACAUUAUAAUAGCUUAUAUAUUAUUUGAGACCAUGACAUAACACAUUGCCCAGCCAUAGUAUAUCCAAUGGGAUGCAGAGUCAGAAUUAUGUUUCAUUACAUCACCAGUGCUGUCUUCCUUAGUUCCAUAAAGUUGGAGAUCCAUUGUUUCCAUCCAACAUCAACGAUAUUAUUGAUAUUAUUGAUGAUCACUAAGGGAAACUUAGUGACCCUGUUGGUGGAUUUCAAUUUCCUGCUUUGUGGUGGAUUGUCCAGGACUUGUGAACAAUGUUACCGAGUUUAGAUUUUAAGGACGUAGAAGUGGAUACCAAUGAAUGAUGAAGAUGAUGAUGAUGAUGAUGAUGAUGAGAAGAAGUACAGAUAUUAGAUGAUGGGUGUGAUGUUUCACAGAAUUGGAGGAUUGAGAUGCUGCCAUAGCAUAUAUUAGUACGUUAGUUUUGCUAAAAAAUGUGUCUCUAUAUUGGAUUACAAAUCGUUGUUUUCCCAAAGAUGACCAUCAUGAUGUGGAAUUUCAUUAAUGUUAGGGGGACUUCACCCCUAUAAGCUACCCAUAGCCCCAUUUAUUACACUGAUGCUUAAACUAUAACAUGUUUUUGUUUACUGUGUGACUUUCAAAGAUUCAUAAAGUUGAAUAUGAAACUCUUGUCUUGUAUUUCUUUUCUUUUUUUUAUCUCAUUGCUUUGAACUAGUUAGAACUGUAGUUUUAAAAUGUGACACAUCAGUGCUGACAAGUCCUUGUUAAAGGAUAAUGCUUGUGUUGUUCUAUUUUUGUAAUUGUCAAUGAAUAUCAUGACUGGACCAAAACCAACAGUGUAAUUUCUCUCAGUGUUGUCUGACUUCCCUAUCCUGCCCGUGUCUCAAGCACACUCGCUCCUACUGACGAUGUAAACCUUUAAAAAUGGGUCACAAAUAUAUGAUUGCUUUUUUCUUAAAGGUAAAAUAAUUUCCAGAAAACUGCUUGUCACUAGUUUUUAUCAAACAUUACUCAAACAGGAGGAUAUAGUACUUUUGUUGGGGACUAUUUUCAGCAGAGGAUUAAUCCACAUUUGGUGCAGUAGUAGUGCAUGGGUCUUCAAUAGGGAGUCUGUGAUCCCUAAGUGGUCCUCAGAGUUACUGCACAAGGGGCUGCAAAAUUAUUGUUAGAUUUUUUUUUUUUUUAAACAUGUCUACAGAUUACACAUUACAAUAACAUGAAUCCAACUUAUUAUUAGCGAAAACUUUACUGAGUACUUUGUAUGGCAGCAUGGUGUAUCUGGGAUUGAGUCAUAAUAAACUUUUGAUACAAUACUUGUUAGAAGAUACAUUCACUGUUGGUCUUGGCCAUGGGAUUUCCUGACUAUGAGAACAAUAUGUAAUGUCAUGAGACUUAUCAUUUAGUGUAUUUGUAAUAAAGUUAGUUACAUUUAAAUAAAUAAAACAAAUGAUCUUCUUUUGAAUAAGAAGUAAAUAUUUUUCUUUUUAAAUCCACCCUCUUGGUUAUAAAUCGUAUAAACUUGACUUC